AUGAAGCAACUAUUCUUAGAAAAAGCUCAUUCCGACUUGGAAUUAGUUGUCGAUGACAAAGUUUUUAAAGUACACAAAAAUAUUCUUUCGGUACGAAGUAAAGUUCUGUGUAAGAUGAUAGAGACGGAGAUGGUAGAAAAAAAAACCGGCACAAUCAAACUAGAGCAAUGGGAUGGUGUAGUUGUUGAACAACUAUUGAAUUACAUAUACACUGAUACAUGCGACAUGACUAUCACUCCUUUUAAGUUGUUCCAGCUAUCACACUACUUAGACAUCACACCAUUGGAAGAGAUGUGCAAGUGGCAUUUAAAAUGCAAUAUAAAUGUACAAAACAUAGUACAAAUUCUUGAACUGGCAAAUGAAGAUCAAUAUGAACUGUCAGAUUUAAAAACUGCUGCAGAAAAAUUUGUUAAAUCAAAUGAAGCUAUUUUAGCCAAAGAAUCAACUUAUGUUAAUUAUUUGAUAAAAUCCAUAAAUUUGAAGAACAUUGCACAAAUCUUGACAUUUUCUCAAGAGUAUACAAUUGACACCUUAAUGGAUAAGGCAAUAGAGUAUAUACUGUCUCACCAUCAAGAAGCUCUAAAAAUUGAAGACUGCAACCAGUUUUUUGUAUCUCAUCCUUCAUUAAUGCUAAAAUUAUUGGGACAUUCCUUGCAAGCCAUGGAAUCAAUGCGUACCUCGAAAAAUGAAAGUCAUUAA